AUGGCUAAAAAUGUCACUUGUUCGGAAAACUCGUUCAGAUUGAAGCUCGCCAAUUUCAUUGAUGAUAUGUACGAAGUUACCAGGACUUGCAUCAAUAUUAGAUACUAUUGCGAUACGUGUGUAAAAUCCUCCAUGAAACAAGCUAUGAAAAGAAUUGAAAAAAUGGAAGAAAACAACGAUGAAAUUAUUAAAAAAAUUACCUUGUUGGAUAAUUCAGAGAAAAAACUUUGCACUGAAAUUAACAACCUCAAGAGCGAAUUGAAUAAAACAUUUGCAAGUGUUGUUGGUUCGGAGGUCAAAAAAAGUGUUGAUAGCAUCAACUUGGAGGUAAAGAAUGUCAGCAAAACUAUAAACAGUGUUGUUGAAUCAAAGGAGAGAGAAACGAACAUGAUUGUUUUUCGAUUGAAAGAGGGGGAUGCUGAUAAGACAAGUAUAGAAAAAAUAGUGAAACACUUGACAAAUGGGACAUGUGACCAGAAAAACAUCGUCAAAAUCUAUGGACUUGGCAAAAAAAGUGACAUCAUUACUCUUUCGAUUUUGAUCAAAUUUGACGAUGUAAAAAACAAGGAAUUGGUCAUAAGAAACAGUCACAGAUUAAAAUCCAUUGGUGACGAUUUGACGGGUAUUGGUCUGAGCCACGAUCUUACAAGUGAACAAAGAACUGAACUAAAACAGCUUGUCAGUAGUUCGAAGAAACAGGAAUCUGAGGAUAAAGAGGGUUUUUUAUACCGGGUGAGGGGGGACGUCGGGAAAUGGAAAGUGUUGGUAAAGGUACAAUAUGUUAAUUUUUGCAGAUUCGGACCUGGAAACAAGAAAUAUAAUACUAAUGAGAAAAUGGUUAGGAUUGGUCUGUUGAAUGUCAGGUCUAUCAACAAUAAGGUUGAUGAUGUCUAUGGAAUGAUUUAUGAUGGCCUCGACAUACUGGUUUUGUGUGAAACAUGGCACGGGACCGAAGGUAGUAUUUCCGUUAGAUUAGCUAUGCCACCUGGUUUCACAUUUGUGAAUUUUGUCAGGCCGCAUGACCCUGGUCACGGGGGUUUGGUAAUUUAUUUUAGAAGUGAUUUUAAGUAUAAAAAAAUAAAUCUCCCUUUAUUUUCCAAGUUUGAAGCUCUGGCCAUCAGAUUGAAGAUUGGAAUUGAUCAGUUCUGUUUAAUUGCCCUCUACAGACCUGGCUCGGAACAGACGACUUCAUUAUUCUUUGAAGAGUUGAUUUCUAUGUUGGAGUUUAUUACAAUGUCGGAGGCUCAUGUCGUACUUAUGGGUGAUUUUAACAUUCACGUUGAAAAGAUGGAUAGUCCUUUCACUCUACGACUACAUGAGAUACUUGAUAUGUUCCAGUUGGUCAAUCAUGUUAAUCAACAAACGCAUGUGUCGGGAGGUACGUUAGACCUAGUAAUUUGUUCACAGGAUUUUCCAAUUCUUGAUACUAAGAUUGACCCGUGUUCGGUAUACUCUGACCACAGUUACGUAGGUGUGAGAGUGGCGUUGAAUCAAGUUCGACCAAAAUUGGUGAAAGCAUGUGUCAGACCGUGGAAAGAUCUGAACGAAAAAUGUUUUGUUGAAGCACUAGCGAACUCUCCUGUGGCAAACAAAUGUCAAUCUGAUGAUGUGGAUUAUGAAUUUGCUCUGUUUAGUGGUGAAAUUCAACAAAUUUCUGACAAUUUAGUGCCUAUGCGGGGGACGCUGCCUAUAUGUGUUGGUGGCCUGGGUUUGGGUUCCGCGGCUGAGCUGGCAACUUCUGCCUUUUUGGCUUCUGCUGCUGCCACGGUGGCCCUCCGGGAUCUGAUGUUGCCGAGGGAUGGGAUUUAUGUUGAUAACUUCAGAAUGCAAGUAUACGAUAUGUGGCGCGCCACCAACGGAGAUGUGGUUGCGUUCGAGAAACCCUCGCAAAAACACUGGAUUGCUCCCUGUCUUAAUAGAUCAAAUGAUCGAUUGCUACAACUGAAUGGCUCCACUUUCGACAAGGCUAGAAUUAUGGCUGUCAAAAGCGAGUUGGGCUCCGCCUGCUUGAGGGCGCUACCCAACACCUCCUGCGGCACUAGAUUGGAUGACUCUUGUGUCCGCGUGAGCCUGGGUCCUGAAAGACAAGCCAGACAUACGGCUGUCAACGAAUAUCUAGUACGAUGUUUUCAAAAGGCUGGUAUCCCGGUUAUAAAAGAACCCAUGGGUUUGAUAGAGGAAGGAGCUUUUAGGCCUGAUGGUUACACUAUCACCCCAUGGGCUCAGGGAAGAUUCCUGGCUUGGGACGUUGCCUUUCCCCACACCAUGGCUGACCGUUAUAUUGGCUACACUUCAGUGGAGGCGGGCACUGCUGUCCUUAAAGCGUCCGAUUUUAAAAAUGAAAAAUACGUUUCAUUAAACAAUUUAAGCAAAACAUUUCAAACCAUUUGCAUCGAAACGUUCGGACCAACAGAUAAGCGCACAUCAUUUUUUAUUAAAGAAUUAAUAAGAAAAAUAGUUAAUAUAACGGGUGACCCUAAUGAAGAUAAUUAUUUAAAACAAACACUUUCACUUCUAUUACAAAAAUUCAAUUCCUUUUGCAUUCUGGAUGGAGCUGCUAGAUGCCUGACUGCGAGACCAGGGACAUAG